UUUUGCUCUUAAAAAAUGGCGAGUGCUCAUCUCUCUCACUCUCGUUUCAAUGCUCUAAUGGCUACUCGGAGCCUGUGAGGCAAAACCCAGCUGGGAAGAUCAUCUGCAAGUUGCAACCAGGACUAAAGUUGCAACAUAGAGGGAAGGAUUAAAAAAAAUAUAGUGGAGACGUGAAUCGGCGGAAGGGAAGUAGAAUCGCUUGAAUUAUCGGGUUUCGAAUGGCUGCAAGAAUGGCUGCUGAUGUAAGUACCAAUGAGAACGGUAGCAUUCGGGUUUUGAAUCAGCAGCUUGAUCAGCCCAUGGAUGAGGAGGCUAAAAGGCUGAGGAAUAUGCACGAGGAAAAGAAAUUUUCAGCAUUAGCGCUCGUGCAGGUAGCAUUUCAAAGCCUUGGCGUUGUAUAUGGAGAUUUAGGCACAUCUCCUUUGUAUGUUUUCUACAAUACGUUUCCUGAUGGAAUUGGUGAUCCGGAGGAUUUGAUUGAAGCUUUAUCUGUUAUUAUCUAUUCCCUCACCCUUAUUGUACUCCUGAAGUACGUUUUUAUUGUCUGUAGAGCAAAUGACAAUGGUCAAGGUGGAACGUUUGCUCUCUAUUCAUUACUCUGUCGAUAUGCAAAAAUAAAGGCUAUUCCUAACCAAGACAAAACGGAUGAGGCACUCACAACAUAUAGUUGUUCUACGUUUGGUGAGAAAUCAUUUGCUGCAAGAACCAGGAGAUGGUUGGAGGGACAUGCAUUUAUGCAGAGCACACUUCUUAUUCUUGUCCUAAUUGGCUCUUCCGCGGUGAUUGGGGAUGGGAUUCUGACUCCGGCCAUAUCAGUUCUGUCAGCAGUUGGGGGGAUCAACGUACGCCACUUUGAGAUUAGUAAUGAGGUAGUCGUGCUUGUUGCUGUUAUUAUACUGGUACUUUUGUUUAGUAUGCAACCUUAUGGUACAGAUAAACUAUGUUGCCUGUUUGCACCAAUCAUGCUCCUUUGGUUUCUCGUAACUGGAGGAAUUGGCAUGUUCAAUAUUUGGAAGUAUGAUAGAAGGAUUUUAAAAGCCUUUUCACCUAUAUAUGUAAAUCGAUUUUUUAAGAAGGGAGGAAAAACUGGGUGGACAUCCCUUGGAGGUCUUAUGCUCACUAUAACAGGUACUGAAGCACUUUUUGCCGACCUAUCCCAUUUCUCAGUCCCAUCCGUACAACUUGCUUUCACAGUGGUUGUAUUUCCUUGCCUUCUAUUAGCCUACUGUGGUCAAGCAGCAUACCUCAUGAAAAAUCCAAAUAACGUGUUCGGUGCUUUUUAUCAUUCCAUUCCAGACAGCAUAUAUUGGCCCGUGUUUAUUGUUGCAACUGGAGCUGCUAUCAUUGCAAGUCAAGCCGCCAUAACUGCAACUUUUUCAUUAAUCAAGCAGGCAGAUGCACUAGGCUGCUUCCCAAGAGUCAAAAUUGUGCAUACAUCAAGGAAAUACCGUCACCAGAUAUAUAUUCCAGAAAUUAAUUGGAUUGUUAUGAUCCUGUGCAUUGCCGUCACAGCUGGGCUUAAAAAUCAAACCAACCUAGGGAAUGCCAGUGGGACGGCAGUUUGUGUAGUCAUGUUGGUAACCACAUUGCUUAUGAUUUUUGUCAUGAUACUAGUGUGGCGCUGCCAUUGGAUUCUUAUCCUGAUCUUCACUGGCUCAUCAUUGGUUGUGGAGGGCACUUACUCUUCUGCUGUACUCCUCAAGGUCAAUCAAGGCGGCUGGGUUCCUCUUGUGAUCGCAGCGGCCUUCUUUAUCAUCAUGUAUGUUUGGCAUUAUGGCACAGUUAAAUGCUACGAGACUGAGAUGCACAGUAAGGUUUCAAUGGCAUGGAUUCUUGGACUUGGUCCAAGUUUAGGACUGGUUCGCGUACCUGGGAUUGGCCUUGUGUACACUGAGCUAGCAAGUGGAGUUCCCCGGAUCUUCUCUCACUUUGUCACCAACCUACCCGCCAUCCAUUCUGUUGUUGUCUUUGUCUGCGUGAAGUACCUUCCUGUCAUCACAGUCCCAGAAGAUGAGCGGUUCCUUAUAAAGCGGAUUGGAGCCAAGAACUUCCAUAUGUUUCGUUGUGUUGUAAGGUGUGGUUAUAAAGACUACCAUAAAAAGGAUGAUGAUUUGGAGAACAAGCUCUUUCACAACCUUUUCAUGUUUGUCCAGCUUGAGUCCCUGAUGGAGGCGUCACCAAACUCUGAUGUACCUAGUUUACUUGGCCAACAAACUAAUCAAUCAGGAGAUGGCCAGUUGAGUAAUAGCAGUAAUAUACAUCACUUCAAUCAAGUAGACCUGUCAAUUGAAUCAGUGGACUCGAUCGUGAUUUACGAUUCUCCAUUGCAUGCAAACAACAUGACCUCCAUUCCGGCAAGCAGGCAGGCCGAGGCUGCUGAGAUAGAAUUCUUGAACAACUGUAGAAAUGCAGGAGUGGUGCACAUACUAGGAAAUACAGUCGUAAAAGCUGGGAGGGAAUCGAAACUAUGGAAGAAGAUCGCUAUCGACUACCUAUAUGCAUUUCUUAGGAGGGUAUGUAGGGAAAACAAUGUAAUGUUCAACGUUCCUCAUGAGAGUCUCUUGGAUGUCGGGCAGGUUUUCUAUGUGUAGCAUCUGCAUCAAUCUUGUAAACUCUUUUUUUUUUCUGGACGAAGAAUCUUGUAAACUUUUAACACUUCAAUCUUACAUGUUGUCAUCCAUUUCAGUUUACUUUAACUUGUGGAUCAAAAACCUCCUUCACACCGAUAUAUUUUUUGGCCAAUUUUUUCGAAGUAACAAGUUAAAUACCUAAUUAAGAUCUCACAUCGGUCAUUUAAGUUAAUUAACCAUUUGCACGCACCGGUUAAUACUGAUGGCCUUGCUAAAGGUAACCCAGGUCCUGCAGCUUGUGGCGGGGUUUUCCGAGAUUCUGCGGGCUAGUUUCUU